AUGAUUAAAUGGACCCAUCAUCUCUCACCAGAGCUGCAAGCUUUCAUGUGGGCUCAUGGGAACAAGCACUACUUCAUCAGUGAAUUAGCUCAAUUGCAAGAUGGCCAUCUGAUCAUGUCAACAGCAUGGUUUCAUCAUCAGUCACAUGGCUCACUUCCACAUGAUGUGCAUGUAUCAUGCAGUGAGGUCACCAAAGGUCAGCACAUAUACACCAGCUUUAUCAAGGCCUGGGGUGAUGAUGUAUCUGGGAAUCAGAGUAAGCAAUACAAUGAACAUACAAAUAUUUACUUUGCACAUGCAAAUGUGCCACACGAGAAGCUCGCACAGGAAUAUUUCAUUAACUUCACAUCCACAUCUCAACACACUAGUGCAAUCAAACAGUUUGAUGCUAUGAUGACAGACACAGUUUAUUCUAAGCUGGUGUGGCACGUCACAUAUGACUGUAUCAACCAAGAAGAGAUUUUAUUUCACAUGGAGCUGAUCAUUUUCCCUGCAGAUAACCCACAACAACAGGCUGUGAUCAAACAGAUUGAGGUGGCUGGAUUGGGUGUAGCCAAAACUUCUGGAGUCAAGGAUAAGCUUGCUGAACACUGGAUUGUAAAAUUACUAAGAUAUGCUAAAGUGCUACUGAUAGCUGGUGACAUUCACCAAGAUACUCCCAUUGAGGUUCUUCACACAUAUUUAUUAGGAGCUGAUAAGUAUGCAUGGCAUUACCUGCACACCACAUGGACUCCGAAGCAAUGUGAAGCAUUCACCAUCAAGCUUCAAUCUUUAUUCAUUGAUGGCCUCACAAUCUCCCCACUGCACUCCUCGUAUAUCAUGCAAUCCUGCAAUGACCUGAUUGGCAAGCAUUUAAAAGCACUGCAGCAGCUCAUGAUAUUUCAUCUCGAUGAGUCGCUAUCCCUGCUAUGGGUGCCUGAAAUUGAUAAUAUGGACAAAUGUUUGAGUGACGUCCAGAUUCUUGUGAGCAACAUCUUUGUAAAGCCCAAGCUUCACAUAUUGUCUCACCUUACUGAGGACAUCUGCCGACAUGGUUCGCUGAUCCUUUAUGCAACUGAAAUUUUUGAAUGCUUCAAUGCCAUUUUCUGGAUUCGUGACAUUGUGUGGACGUUCGCUGACCUGGCACAUUUCAAACAUCAAGUGAGCAGUAGAUGCAGUAUACGAAAAUACUUUGACAACAUUGAGCUAAAACCAGGAAUGGUACAUUGCAAGGCCAAAUCGCAGGCAGUAACAUAUUUGUGGCAAGAUCUGCACAUUCAUGUAUCUUCGGCUGCUGGAUGGUACAAAGGUCACUCAGUGAUAUCAAAAUAUGGUGAUUACUGCCUGGUUGAGUCAUGCAUUGCUGCUGAGUUAGCCAAUCGAACCAUCAUUGAUCAAAUUGUAGCAAUAUUGGCCCCAGCGGCAGCUCACUUAUCAGAGAAAGUUCAAUCACUGAUUAACAUCCUGUUUAUCGUCGAUGUUCAGCAUAAUUGCUUUGACAAAAAGUGCAAAGCUUCAGGUCAAUGUGCAAUCAGGCAAGAACACACAGAGACCAUGCUUGCACAAGCAUUCAUUGAGAACACUGAUGACACACACUUCCUUCUCAACUUGCAUACACUGCAUAAUGCAGUGCUUCUUCGCAAAAUUCUCCCUCACAGCCUGACCAAGCUAAUUUCUUACCUGCAAGACAGAAUAGCUGAACAUAAGAAGAUGGCAGCAGCUCUUUCAUUUACACUGCAGUGCAUGAAGCGCCCACACUGA